UAUUGAUUGAAGCAAAAGUGUCAUUUUGAAAUGGUUUUAAUUUUUACGGCAUGUUAUUUUAAUAUGUUUUCCAUUGUACAAAAACGUUUAUUGCGUUGUACUAAUCAUGUUUCUCCACGUGCCAUAAUACAUAAAAUAAAGGCAGUUUUACAAAAUCCUCUGGUGGUGCAAUCCAGAAGUGCACACGAAGUUAGCGGUACAGUCAUUAUUCCGAAUUCCGUCAGAGGCAUAGACCAUUUGAAGGACCCUAGGCUUAACAAGGGUCUAGCAUUUUCGUUAGAGGAGCGACAGGCGCUUGGCAUACACGGGCUAUUGCCACCAAGAUUUAAAACUCAAGUUGAACAAUUGGACAUUUGUAGAGUAUCCUACGAGCGAUAUGAAAGUGAUUUUAAUAAAUAUAUUUAUCUAAUAGAGCUGCAGGACAGAAACGAAAGACUGUUCUUCAGUCUAUUGGAUACGGACAUUGAGAAAUACAUGCCCAUAGUGUACACGCCGACUGUCGGCCUAGCGUGUCAGAGAUUUGGUCUGAUAUUCAGAAGAGCUCGUGGGUUAUUUAUAACAAUCCACGAUUUGGGACAUGUAUACAGCAUUAUUAGGAAUUGGCCGGUGAACGAUGUUCGGGCGAUAGUAUUCACAGAUGGCGAGAGGAUAUUGGGUCUUGGUGACUUGGGAGCGUAUGGUAUGGGCAUACCAGUGGGAAAGUUGGCACUGUAUACAGCACUCGGUGGAAUAAGCCCUCAUCAAUGUCUGCCUAUUGUGUUGGAUGUGGGGACGGAUAAUCAAACCCUUUUAGAAGAUCCUUUGUACAUCGGUCUGCGGCACAAACGAAUCCGUGGAAAGCCUUAUGACGAUCUAAUGGACGAGUUUAUGCGAGCUUGCGCCACGAGAUAUGGCCCGAAUGUACUGCUGCAGUUUGAAGAUUUCGCAUUGCCCAAUGCUGGGCGGUUUUUAAAGAAGUAUCAAAACAAAUACUGCACAUUCAAUGAUGAUAUCCAAGGCACCGCUGCUGUGGCGGUCGCCGGGCUGAUGGCUGCGGGGAGAAUCACUAAAAGAAAAAUAAGCGAUAACAUCAUCGUGUUUUUGGGAGCUGGCUCUGCCGCGAACGGGAUAGCCUCUUUGAUAGUUGACGCUAUGGUGGUGGAAGGUUUAACGAAAGAACAGGCAAGGGCAAAAGUGUUCAUGUUUGAUGUAGAUGGUUUGAUUACAAGUAAAAGGCAGGGAGGCGUGCCACCACAAGCGAAGGAUUUCGCCAAGAAUAUUGAACCAGAAAAGAGUUUUGAGAAAUUUAUUGGGCAAAUCAAGGCCACUGCUAUAAUUGGUUGUUCUACAGUCGGUGGUGCGUUCAAACCGAAUGUUUUAAAACAAAUGGCCAAAAACGUGGAGCGGCCAAUUAUCUUUGCGUUAUCUAACCCUACGAAAAAUGCAGAAUGCACUCCCCAAGAAGCUUACGACCACACAGAGGGUCGUUGCGUGUUUUGUUCCGGAUCACCAUUCCCCCCUGUCAAAUACCAGGGUAAGGAGUACAAAACGGGACAGGGCAACAACUCUUACAUUUUCCCUGGCAUAGCUCUGGGCGUGUUGGUGACUGGGGCACAUCAUAUGCCAGAUUCUUUGUUUUUAGUAGCGGCCAAGGCGCUGGCUGGUGCAGUGAGUGAGGAGGACUUGAAAAUCGGUCGCAUCUACCCGCCAUUGAGUAAUGUGAAGAACGUAUCCAUUACCAUUGCUCUCGAUAUUGCUAAAAUGGUGUAUGAAAAAGAUAUAGCGACGGUGUAUCCAAAGCCUAAAGACAUGGAAGCCUACAUCAGAAGUCAGCUGUACCAAAUGAACUACAAACAAUACUUGCCUACAUUCUACAAAUAUCCAGAAUUGCCCGCUAUAAAAGUUAAAUCUAUUCAAGAAGCCUACAAAGGAAUAAUGUCAUUCCGUCCAGUCAAAAAGCCUGGUUCCGAUCGAUAAAAUUUAAAGCAAAGAUAUAAUUUAUACUUGAUCCAGAGACAAUUAACGUGGCAUUUACUGAUGUUGUUAUUUUCAGAUUUGCUUUAAAUUAACAAUGUCUUGUGAUUUGUUUUUAAUUAAUUUAAUUUAAACUUAUCGUAUAUGAGCUGUUUUAGAUUAAAGCUAAUAAAGUUAUUUAUUUUGGGG